AUGAUCCAAGUGAACCAAACGAACGAAACGAACAAUGGUUGCUGGGGAAUGUCGGAGGACGUCGGGACAAGCGCGGAGGAUGCCCCACUGAAGGAACGACGCAGCGAGGACAUGCCCAACUCCAUUCACAGAUAUGAGAGAGUUUACAUGAGCUACCUCCACUUACAAUUUUGCGUCCUCGACUUUAAGGAUAGCAUGUUUAUUUCGGUGACGGACGAACGUAACCAGUUAACAGAUCUGCAGGCAUCCUACCCACUGAAAUAUGUGGAUGCGGACAACACGGCGUGUCUGGUGGGGGAGCCCCACUCGCACGGGAACGACGUGGCUCGCCUGCUAGGCAUGAAAUUUAAAAUCCCCUUCUACGUGAGUGUGAAUGUGGACGAAGGAGACGAGGGCCUGACCAACUUUAUUUUCUCCACAUGUCUGGAGAUACUGAAGCCGCUGUUCAGUGAGAGCAGAGGCGGCCCUGCAGAGAGGUGA